CAAGAACUGAAUCAUGAAGCUGACUGUGUUCGUGGGUCUCCUUAUUGGCCUUAUUGGAUUGGCACAAGGAAAAGUAUACAGCAAAUGUGAACUGUUCAGGAUUUUCAAACAGACCGGGCUGGCUGGUUACCACGGAUACAGUGCUGCUGAUUGGAUAUGCCUUGCCAGGUAUGAAAGUAACUACAAUACUGCAGCAGUAAACGACAAUGGCCCAAGUAGCGAUUAUGGAAUCUUUCAGAUCAACAGCAAAUGGUGGUGUAACGAUGGGAAGACGUCAGGGAGCAAAAACGCAUGUCGUAUAAGUUGUCAAAGUCUUUUGAAUGAUAAAAUCUAUGAUGACAUUGAAUGUGCUAAGAGAGUUGUGAGAGAUCCCGAUGGCAUAUCAGCUUGGGUUGCUUGGAGAAAUCACUGCAAGGGAAAAGAUUUGAGUCAAUUUACUGCUGGAUGCUAAAGUCAAGACUGUCAAGAAGUUCAAACUAGCAUAUAAUCUUCUUAUAAUUUACUCAUGCUUAUUAUCAUUCACCUUGUAGUUUUCUGGUUGUACCAUCCAAAGAAAAUAAACAUAUGGGUACUAUGUCCAGAAUGACUGGAAAGCCACACAAAGAGCUUCAAUUAAUGAGUGCUAGCAAAGUUCAGCAUUUAUUAAUAAAUAAAAAAUUUAGCCAUAGAAACUCAGAAAAAAGGGUGGUGGGGGGGAAGAGGGGGUGCAAACAUUGCUUAUGUCAUACAACUGUUUCUUAAACGAUUAAGUCAAACACCAUAAUCACUACAGUGCCCUGGAAUCCAUCAUUGUAAGUAGUUAAACUGUUUUAGAACUGUUUGAGCUCUAAACUACAAUGGGUGCUGCUCCCAUCCUCAGCUAGAUUGUUUCUGGAAACAUUUGCCUACUUGAUCAUACUCUCUAACUCUUUUUGCUAAAAAUAAAAUCUAGCUUUAUUACA